UUACAAACUAUCCAUCCAGGUCUUUCACGCAUUCACUGCUGUAUUAAGGUGCAGCCUGAUUUAUCCAUGGACGAUGCCGCUCAGAUCAAUAUUGAACACAAAUCAAACACUCCAGAUGCCACUUGGUCUGAAAUGCACUCUACAGUCCUCAAAGUUACCUCAGUGCCCAAGUCAGAUGCUGCCACAGGGAGUUGUGAUGAAGGUGAACAGGAGACAGAGAGGCAGGAUACCCAAAAUGCAGGAGCAAGUGAAGCGCCGGUUACAGAUGUCACCACAGGAAGUCCCGAUGAGGAUGAAAAUCAAGCAAGGAAUCUGGAAAAUCCAAGUGCAGUAAAACAGGAAGUGCCCAAGUCAGAUGGUGCCACAGGGAGUUGUGAUGAAGGUGAACAAGAGACAGCGAGGGAGGAUACCCAAAAUGCAGGAGCAAGUGAAGCGCCGGAUUCACAUGUCACUACAGGAAGUCCCCAUGAGGGUAAAAGGGAAAAGGAGAAACGGGAAAAACAAAGUGCAGGAAAACAGGAAGGUUAUCCACUUUGGCGGCAAAAACAAGUGGGCAGAUUAAUAUCUCAAUGGCAAGUGGAAGGUGCAGCGAGACCCUGGCGUCCUUGUACACCAGUCACAGCAAGUUGGCGUGCAGUGCCCAAGUCAGAUGCUGCCACAGGGAGUUGUGAUGAAGGUGAACAGAACACAGAGAGGCAGGAUAUCCAAAAUACAGGACCAAGUGAAGCGCCGGAUUCAUAUGUCACCACAGGAAGUCCCCAUGAGGGUAAAAGGGAAAAGGAGAAUCGGGAAAAACAAACUGCAGGAAAACAGGAAGUGCCGGGUUCAGAUGCCAUCACAGGACGUCCCGUUGAGGAUCAAAAUCAAGCAAGGAAUCUGGAAAAUCCAAGUGCAGUAAAACAGGAAGUGUCCAAGACAGAUCCUGCCACAGGGAUUUGUGAUGAAGGUGAACAGAAUACAGAGAGGCAGGAUAUCCAAAAUACAGGACCAAGUGAAGCGCCGGAUACAAAUGUCACCACAGGAAGUCUCGAUGGGGGUGAAAAUCAAGCAAAGAAACUGGAAAAUCCAAGUGCAGUAAAACAGGAAGGUGCACAACCUUUUAUCCGGAGUUCCGGAAACCGAAAAACUCCGAACACCGGCCAUUUUUCCCAGGAUGUCGUCUGCACACCAAAGCUCGCGUUUGGCGCCAAUCUUGACCCGAAACGACCCACGGUCAACCCAGCGCCGGAUACAAAUGUCACCACAGGAAGUCCCGUUGAGAGUGAAAAUCAAGCAAAGAAACUGGAAAAUUCAAGUGCAGUAAAACAGGAAGGUGCACAACCUUUUAUCCUGAGUUCCGGAAACCGAAAAACUCCGAACACCGGCCAUUUUUCCCAGGAUGUCGUCUGCACACCAAAGCUCGCGUUUGGCGCCAAUCUUCUCCCGAAACGACCCACGGUCAACCCAGCGCCGGAUACAAAUGUCACCACAGGAAGUCCCGUUGAGAGUGAAAAUCAAGCAAAGAAACUGGAAAAUUCAAGUGCAGUAAAACAGGAAGGUGCACAACAUUUUAUCCGGAGUUCCGGAAACCGAAAAACUCCGAAAACCGGCCAUUUUUACCAGGAUGUCGUCUGCACACCAAAGCUCGCGGUUGGCGCCAAUCUUGACUCGAAACGACCCACGGUCAACCCAGCGCCGGAUACAAAUGUCACCACAGGAAGUCCCGAUGAGGGUGAAAAUCAAGCAAAGAAACUGGAAAAUCCAAGUGCAGUAAAACAGGAAGAGAAUCUUGGCUAUGGAUGGAGCUGCACAGUCUCAUGAAUUUAUUUACAUUGAUGAGACUGGAUUCAACCUUAGCAAAACAAGACGACGGGGUCGUAACAUAAUUGGCCAAAGGGUAAUUGUGCACGGCCCGGGGCAGCGCGGGGGAAAUAUCUCAUUGUGUGCCGCCGUAAGCCUUCGAGGGCUUCUGUACCAUCAUGCAAAACUAGGUCCAUACAAUACACAACAUAUCAUCACAUUUCUAGAUGCUCUUCAUAAUAUAGCUGUACAGGACAGACCAGAGCAGCCCAGGUUUGUUGUUGUCUGGGAUAAUGUCAGUUUCCAUCGAUCUGCUCUGGUCCGGACCUGGUUCACCAACCAUAAUCAAUUUGAAGUGGUAUACUUGCCCCCUUACUCGCCAUUUCUAAACCCUAUAGAAGAAUUAUUUUCGGCUUGGAGAUGACGUGUAUAUGACCACCAACCACAUGCCCGCAUGCCUCUUCUGCAGGCAAUGGAACAGGCCUGCGGAGACAUUGAGGCGAGGUCAAUCCAUGGAUGGAUUCGGCACACAAGGGUAUAUUUUCCCCGAUGCCUAGCGGGAGAAGACAUUGCUUGCGAUGUGGAUGAGAUCCUGUGGCCAGACCCCAACAGACGGCAGGAUCCAUAAGCUCACCUACAAACGAUUGCCGUGUUUUUCUGUGUUUACAGUAUAGUGUAUUUUUGGUUUUAUUUUUGUUUUAUUUUUGCUUUAACUGAAUUUACAGUACUGUGAAGUACAGUACUGCAAUGUACUGUAUUGAGUAUUUGAUUUUUUGGUUGUUGUGAAAACGUGCCUUCUGUGGAACUGAAUAAAAACAGUGAAAAUUAAAGACUGCAGUGUUUUAUAUAAAGUAGACUAGUGUGUUGCUGCUGAUCUGAAAGUGUAUUCAUAUGAUGCAAGUGUGUAUCAUUUUGUCAUCAGAGUGACGUUUUGACAAAGGAUUGUUAGGUUUUCAUAGCAGAGUUUAGGUUUUGAUAGCAGAGUUUCAACUUGACAUGGAUGUGAAUGGUUUAUUUCCCAGUGUUGUGUCUUAUUUGCUUGUGUGUAGAGUUUUGACACAAUGAGCGAAGUUUUGCAAAACGUGUUCAAGCAACGGGCAAAAACUGUAAUUUCAGGCAAUUUUCAAGAAAAGCUUGUGAAAUGCUAUUGUUGCAUCACUGUGGGUUAAAAUAAAUCAGCAGACAUCUAUAAUUCUGUGUCCAUUGUGUUGGAAUUGAAGGGACAGUUGUAAAAGCUUUUAAAUUAAAGUGUUUGUCAAUCAGACUAAUGUUAGAUUACUGCCACAAAAACAAACAUUUUAUGAAACAACCCAGCUGUGUCGCCUCCCAUUAAACUGAAGCAUAUAAAUGGUAUAAUUACUUAAUGUGGUUUGCCGCAACCCACUUUGUUUUGUUUCUUAUACAAUAAAUAGUUCUUUUGGAAUGGCUAUCUAUCCUUCUUGUGUUCCAGUUAGCUAUUUUUCAUUGCCCUACUGACAAAAAGAUUUCAAUGUUCAAUUCAAACACUUCACAUUGAUUUGCUGUGGGCCUAUCUGCCUGUUUACGGUUUACUUUAAAUUUUCUUCAGCAACUUUUAUUCUUUUCUUUCACCAUUCUGCCAAAUGCUCGAUUUACAAGCUCAAAACCCAAUGUUAGAUUUCAAACAGAUUUUACUCUUUCUUAACAUUAAUGGGGAAAAUGAGGACCUACACAACGCAGGUAACAAAUUUGACAUUCCCUCUUUAACUGGAAAUAUCAAAUAUGGGAAAUGAACAGAGUCUUUGUUUGUCACAAAGCAACAACAACAACAAAGGACUAUGUUUAGGCAUAGUUCUCCAGUAUCAUUCACCCCUUUAUUCAAAAUUAUUGAAACAAUCUUUAGAAAAACAGAUCUUUGUUCUCCUUUUCCCAUAAUAGUUCAGAAGGAGCACCAGGGAGAUGGCAGCCUGUUCGUUUUUUCAUCUUUUUGUUAUUUUUAGCAUUUGUUAAGUUUGUUUUAAUGUACUUUGGUUUGUUUUAUGUGAGGGGAGGGGGGAGGGGAUUGGGGGGAACUUUUUUUUACAAGUUCCUACCUUCCCGGAGAUGUGAUCAUUUUUCGGAUCACAUUCUCCGGACUCUGCGGCCUACCGUCGCUGGAGCUGGAGGCCUCCUCGGACUGUCAUGAGCCCCACCGCGGGGCGUGGACUUACCAUCGGAGCUGAUCCCUUAGCUGGGAUCGCUCCCACUGUGGCCUGCGGACUUACCAUCAAGAGCUCGCUGUCUCGGGAGAGGCUGGUUGGGAGCUCCAACGCCGCAGAAGGUUCGACCAGCCCCGACGCGAGGUUUGAUCGCCCGGCAUGUGGGAGCUGACAUCCCCCGAUGCAGGAGCUGAACGCCUCGACGUGGA